AUGGUGCUUGCAAAACGGAAGGUGGAUCGUCGCCGGCAGAAGAGACGUGCGGAAGAAAAGCCAGUGAUCCCGCUGUGGAAGGAGGUGGAAUACUACGAGGAGUACCAGCGGUGUCUCCGCGCGCGCGUGGGUCCGUCCCGCACUGCUGCCAUCGUCCGUGGCGCGCUCCACGUGGUGAGCAUCGGCACCAACGGCUUCCUGGAAAACUACUUCCUGCCGCUGGCCACGGGGCGGUUCGCGCAGUUCACGCCGCCCGAGUUCGAGGACUUCCUCGUCGCCGGCGCGCGGCAGUUCCUGGCGCGGAUCCACCGCCUCGGCGCGCGCAGGGUCACCUUCGCGGGGCUCGCCGCCAUCGGCUGCCUGCCGCUCGAGCGCACCACCAACGCGCUCCGCGGCGGCGGCUGCGUGGAGGAGUACAACGACGUGGCCAGGAGCUUCAACGCCAAGCUGCAGGCCAUGGUGCGCGGCCUCAGGGACGAGUUCCCCAGGCUCAGGCUCGCCUACAAACCCGGAAAUUUUUGGUGA